UUUAUUCCGGGUAACUUGGCGCCUCUACGGGAUGGGGAGGGAGUCCUUUUAACUGGGGAGCUCAGUGUAUCAGGAGAUGUGGAAGGAAAGUGAUGAGGCAACCGUGGACCUGUGGACCGAACUGUCACUUGGUUGUGGAUUAGCAUUUUUGUGAAGCUCCUGCUACACCCAUCGGAGACCAACAAUCGACCUCGGGGAUAUUUGGUGGCAACUUUUCCUGCUGCGCACCAAGAUGGGCAACGGAUUAUCGGAUCAUCACUCCCUCCUCCCUGGCCUCCCAUCGUUCCAGGCUCUUCACAUUGUCAUUCUCGGACUGGACUGUGCGGGCAAGACCACUGUGCUCUAUCGCUUGCGUUUCAAUGAGUUCGUGAACACUGUCCCGACGAAGGGUUUCAACACUGAGAAGAUCAAAGUGCCGCUUGGAGGUAGUCGGCGGACGGCGUCGUUCCACUUCUGGGAUGUAGGCGGUCAGGAGAAGCUGCGGCCACUGUGGCGAUCCUACACCCGCUGUGCCGAUGGCAUCGUGUUCGUGGUGGACUCUGUGGACGGCGAGCGCAUCGAGGAGGCCAAGACGGAGCUCCACAAGAUCACUCGCCUGGCAGAGAACCAGGGGGUGCCAGUUCUGGUGGUGGCUAACAAACAGGACCUGAGGAAUUCCCUCACCCUCGCUGAGAUGGAGAGCAUGUUGGCUCUGGGGGAGCUCAAUGCCGCCACGCCCUGGCACCUUCAGCCCGCCUGCGCCAUCAUCGGCGAGGGGCUGCAGGAGGGACUGGAGAAGCUGCAUGCGAUGAUCGUGAAGAGGAGAAAGAUGCUGCGGCAGCAGAAGAAGAAAAGAUGAUAUGCCUGCAGCGGGACCUAUAACAUGAGCUAAAUCUAAAGCUACAUGUGUGCAGUCUCCUGGCUCAUUGUGUUUGUUGUGAAAGAGACACAAUGAUCCCCGUCCCGUCGGCCACCUCUUUGAAGUCGGCCCGGCUGGUUAUGAUCCUUCCACUUGAACUGUUUGUUCAGGUUGGCCAGUGUUUGGCUCCCACAGAGAACAAUGGAGUAGGGUUUUUUUCGCGGGCUUGGGUGUCUACAAUCAGCAACAAGUCGUUCUGGAGGAAGUGCAGUGUUAUGCUUCACAGCAGCAGGCUGCGACGUCUGUGGUGAACUCUCAAAGAUGGACAACAAGCUCUCAUUUGUCUGUUUUACGUCGUUUGUUGAAAUAUGAGCUGUAUCUCUUCAAAUCUACCAACCUUUAUAUUUUUGUUCUACCAAAUCUCUGUAAGUUUACACGAAGAUUAAGAGUGAGUCAUUAAGUGCACAAUUCAAGGUGACUGUCACACUGAUGGCAGGAUAAGUUCAUCUACCUUGUAACAAUACGACAAAAAAAUGAGAGAUAGCCGAUUGGUAGAUCGACAUCAGUGGCAAAAGACCACAAUGGGGAAUAAGACACAUUGUUGUCUUUGUAGUUUGUACAAUGAAACAAUGCGUGGUGACAGUACGGCAGCACAAUAUUGAAAAUAAGGGGAAAAAAAAAAAGUUACAAAGAGACGGACGUUGAAUCAUGUGAUCAAGGAACUUUGUUGAACUUUGCUUGAAUUCAAUCAGCCACACCAAAAAAAGGAGCUUUAGCUGCGAUAGCGAUGGCAGCUUCAUUGCAGAAAUCCAAACAGCUAACAAGGCUAACUGGUAGGCUAACGCUGCGUCAUGAAAAUAUUCACAACCUAAAACACUAUUACGGAACUGAGAGAGUUUUGAAAAUCAUUUCGCUCAGUUACAACUUUGAUCUUGUGAAUAUUCUGUAGCUCACAACAGUUAGCUGUGAUGCUUGGUAGCUAGCUUAUAGUGGCUAGUUUAUUCUUGACAAUCCAAUGAAAUUGAAAUGUAUGAUUUUUUUUUUUUCAGCUAUGGACUUAGUUGCACUCAUUUUCAUCAGUUUUAGUGAUUAUUCUGUCACUUUUUAAUGGUGUCGUAUGUAAUACCUUAUGAACUGUGAUAAAUAAUUCCUUUAGGUGGCCCCUUUGCAUUAGCAUAGGAGUGAAUUCAGGGUCAGUGGAUACACCAAAAAAGAAAAAAAAAGCUAGUAACUGCAAAUCCCAAAAAACUGGUGAUUGUAUCAGCAGUCCAGGUCGUCUCCCAAGUGGCUGUAAAAGACGAUGAUUGAUGUCACUUUGAAGCUGUGACUUCAUCAGCUACAUGGCUAGUGGUAGAAGUGUCUUGUGUAAUCCUGCUGAUUGACAAUACCAGUUGGCUCAGCAGGAAUGUCCCCCAGCGGCCCGUCAAGUGACCUCAGAGACAGUCCAGCGCUGAGCCAGCCUCACUGUUACCUGAAGACACACGUAGUCAGAGCCAAAGUCUGAAUGCACUUUAAUGGUCCCUUUCCCGACCUUCCCAUCAAGUCUGAUUCUGAAACUGAAAGAAAUGAAAUGUUGCUUCAAAAGGAGCGUCUUACUUGAUAUAUGUGUACAUAUACAGAUUUUGCUCUCCCACUCUGAUCGGCAGGGUGUUCAUAUUUAUGUGUUUGAUCCACUUUGUUCAUUUGGAAUAAAGACAACAAACAGUGA